UUCAGAAACCGAAACUACGAACCGAAACAAUGAUGGCGCUGAGGGUAUCAACGUGCGGGCUUGUCAAAGUGGCUCACUUCGUUGGAAAGCAAGUUUGCAAAGGAGUAACAAUUAAUGCAAAUACCAACAGAUUUAAAGCAAUAUGUUCAACCAACCUGUUUUUUCAUACAACAAGAAGAAACAAUGAUUUGAAGGAUUUUUUUGAUCCUGAGGCCAACUGGCAAGAUGGACCUGUCAUCUGUGGUAGACCAUGGAGAAAGGAUGAACUCAGAAUAAAAAGCAAUGAAGAUCUUCAUAAAUUAUGGUAUGUUCUUCUGAAGGAGAGAAAUAGGAUAAUGACUCUAGAAGCAGAUCUUGAGAGACAGGGCUUAUAUCUAACAGAUUCCUGGAGAAUGGAGAAAGUGGAAGUAAGCAUGGAAAACCUUUUAUAUGUUGUGAAAGAAAGGGACAUUGCUUUUAAUAUGCUGGAAGCAGGAGAAAGUGGUGCUCCAAAAACGUAUCAAAUCAGAAAUGCUUUGGGCAUCAAGUACAAACGAACUGAAACAGAACAUUUAAUCCCGCGCUUCAUGAAUAGAAAAUUUCGACUAAUGCACUCUAAAUAUGAACCAUGGAUGGCCAAAUGGAUUCUGAAGUGUGAUGAAGUAGCACGAAGAAAACAAGAAAAAAAGGAAAAGUAUUACAAAUACCAAGUCAAAUUGCUGCAAGAAAGACAUGGACUUUCAGAAUCUGAAGCAGGAAAAUCAGUUGAUUAUGUCAGACGAAAAAGCAGGAAAAUGAGGGAUUACUCAAUUGCUUAGAUUUAGAAUAAAACAAUAUAAUGUUUUA